UAAUAGGCCGAUCUACUCGGUCACUCUAAAAAGUCAAAUAUAUAAAAUCCAAAGAAGUUCUCUGCAAUAACGAAGGGAGUUUCUGAUUGCCACGUUUGGAAGUAGAACUAGCCGAAGAAAGCCGCCAAGCUGUUCAACCUACCGCAGGUCUACAAGCACACGACGGACUCCAGAAGUCACAGCAGUAGCAGCAGCAGGAUGCCAGUGCACGAAUUCAAGGUGGAGAUGACUUGCGGCGGAUGUGCUAGUGCCGUGGAACGAGUCUUGGGCAAACUGGGCGAUAAGGUCGAGAAAGUCAACAUUAGCCUGGAGGAUCGGACCGUGAGCGUGACGUCGAACCUGUCGUCCGACGAGCUGAUGGAGCAGCUGCGCAAGACCGGAAAGAGCACCACCUACGUCGGAGUGAAGAAAUGAGACGAGUUUCUCAGCAAGUUUCAGAAGUACGGCAGGCUGAAACUUGAGGUCUAGGGUGUGGACCCUUAAGGAUUGAGGGAUCUUACACAUUGCCGCACCGAAAGCAUUCGAUUUGGGUCGCUGUUCAGUGAUAUUCAUGGGAUACACAAUUUUACAAAUUUUACUCUUAACCAAAUCAAAUAUAGGAAUCGUAUACAAAUUUUACACUAGUAUUUGCUCUUGCCGAAAUUGUAUGUAGCUUGUAGUUAACCAAUUGAAGUGUUAUUAUAUUAUGCAUUAACUAUGCCUAGAUGAAGAAUUUCAAAUUCAAAUUUAACUAAUCAAAUUGUAAAGCCAACUUUUUGCCUAAGUAUGCAGGUGCCGUAUUUAGGGACACUCUAGUAAAUCAAACGUAGUUGCCAAUAAAUGAUAUAAUCCAAUUGCCCUCUUAUGACUAAUCGUAAUAUUAAAAAAUUUUACCAUUUUAAAAUAUCAAAUAUAUACAAAUACGUUUUAACCUUAAAA